AUGGAGGUAGGGGAGGUGCUAGAGGUUAUAGAGGUUAUGGAGGUAGGGGAGGUGCUAGAGGUUAUGGAGGUAGGGGAGGUGCUAGAGGUUAUAGAGGUUAUGGAGGUAGGGGAGGUGCUAGAGGUUAUAGAGGUAGGGGAGGUGCUAGAGGAUAUAGAGGUAGGGGAGGUGCUAGAGGUUAUAGAGGUAGGGGAGGUGCUAGAGGUUAUAGAGGUAGGGGAGGUGCUAGAAGUUAUAGAUGUUAUGGAGGUAGGGGAGGUGCUAGAGGUUAUAGAGGUUAUGGAGGUAGGGGAGGUGCUAGAAGUUAUGGAGGUAGGGGAGGUGCUAGAGGUUAUGGAGGUAGGGGAGGUGCUAGAGGUUAUGGAGGUUAUAGAGGUAGGGGAGGUGCUAGAGGUUAUGGAGGUAGGGGAGGUGCUAGAGGUUAUGGAGGUAGGGGAGGUGCUAGAGGUUAUAGAGGUAGGGGAGGUGCUAGAGGUUAUGGAGGUAGGGGAGGUGCUAGAGGUUAUAGAGGUAGGGGAGGUGCUAGAGGUCAUGGAGGUAGGGGAGGUGCUAGAGGUUAUAGAGGUAGGGGAGGUGCUAGAGGUUAUGGAGGUAGGGGAGGUGCUAGAGGUUAUGGAGGUAGGGGAGGUGCUAGAGGUUAUAGAGGUAGGGGAGGUGCUAGAGGUUAUAGAGGUAGGGGAGGUGCUAGAGGUUAUGGAGGUAGGGGAGGUGCUAGAGGUGCUAGAGGUUAUGGAGGUUAUAGAGGUAGGGGAGGUGCUAGAGGUUAUAGAGGUAGGGGAGGUGCUAGAAGUUAUGGAGGUAGGGGAGGUGCUAGAGGUUAUAGAGGUAGGGGAGGUGCUAGAGGUUAUGGAGGUUAUAGAGGUAGGGGAGGUGCUAGAGGUUAUGGAGGUAGGGGAGGUGCUAGAAGUUAUGGAGGUAGGGGAGGUGCUAGAGGUUAUAGAGGUAGGGGAGGUGCUAGAGGUUAUGGAGGUUAUAGAGGUAGGGGAGGUGCUAGAGGUUAUGGAGGUAGGGGAGGUGCUAGAGGUUAUGGAGGUAGGGGAGGUGCUAGAGGUUAUGGAGGUAGGGGAGGUGCUAGAGGUUAUAGAGGUAGGGGAGGUGCUAGAGGUUAUGGAGGUAGGGGAGGUGCUAGAGGUUAUGGAGGUAGGGGAGGUGCUAGAGGUUAUAGAGGUAGGGUAGGUGCUAGAGGUUAUAGAGGUAGGGGAGGUGCUAGAGGUUAUAGAGGUUAUGGAGGUAGGGGAGGUGCUAGAGGUUAUGGAGGUAGGGGAGGUGCUAGAGGUUAUAGAGGUAGGGGAGGUGCUAGAGGUUGUAGAGGUAGGGUAGGUGCUAGAGGUUAUAGAGGUAGGGGAGGUGCUAGAGGUUAUGGGUAAAGUCCUGCUGUCUGGCUGGCUGGCUGACUGACUGACUGUCUGGUUGGCUGACUGACUGACUGACUGGCUGGCUGGCUGGCUGACUGACUGACUGGCUGGCUGGCUGUCUGGUUGGCUGACUGACUGACUGUCUGGUUGGCUGACUGACUGACUGACUGGCUGGCUGGCUGGCUGGCUGACUGACUGACUGGCUGGCUGGCUGACUGACUGGCUGGCUGGCUGGUCAUCUCAGAGUAAAGUCCUGUUGAUCUGUCCUGACAAGGUGCCAAAACAGUUUCUCCAGAUCCCUGCUCGAGGCUGAUCAGAGACAGAUGAACCACCAGCAGUAAAUUACAGCUAACAGGCUGUAGGACAGGAGGGGAGGGGAGGGGAGGGGAGGGGAGGGGAGCAGUAAAAUAGAACUAACAGGCAGCAGGAUAAGUGUGGGACCAUGUGGUUUCAGUUAGCCUGUCAGACCUCACCACCUCUCCCUCUUAAACCCUCCCUCCCAGUGCCCCUCACCUCAGUUAGCCUGCCGGACCUCAUCACCUCUCCCUCUUAGGGUGCCAUUUGGGACACAGACCAUAACACCCCUCUCCUCACAGCCAUGACCCUCGCCCCUCCCUCCUAACAACAUAACACCCUUCUCCUCACAGCCAUGACCCUCGCCCCUCCCUCCUAACAACAUAACACCCCUCUCCUCACAGCCAUGACCCUCGCCCCUCCCUCCUAACAACAUAACACCCCUCUCCUCACAGCCAUGACCCUCGCCCCUCCCUCCUAACAACAUAACACCCCUCUCCUCACAGCCAUGACCCUCGCCCCGCCCUCCUAACAACAUAACACCCCUCUCCUCACAGCCAUGACCCUCGCCCCUCCCUCCUAACAACAUAACACCCCUCUCCUCAUACCUGGGGUGAUUUAUUGUUGAGUUGUUUAACUCUGUAGGCUGUGUGUAUUUUCUCUGCUCUGUCUGUGUAUUUGGCCACUGGGGGCAGGAAGACAUGUAUCAAACACACCAACCAUUGGUUGGCCUUUCAGCAGCAGGAACUGAUUGCUCUGAGCUGCUGGGGAAGACAGGAACAGCGCUACGGACAAUUCAUUCGAACUCAUGGCUUGGUUUUUGCUCUGACAUACACUGUCAAUGGUAGGACCUUGUAUAGAAAGGUGUGUGCCUUUUUUUUUUUUUUUUUUUGCAUUUAGCAGAUGCUCUUAUCCAGAGCGACUUACAGUUAGUGAGUGCAUACAUUUUUCAUACUGGCCCCCCGUGGGAAACGAACCCACAACCCUGGCGUUGCAAGCGCCAUGCUCUACCAACUGAGCUACAGGGGACUAUCAAUUUCAUUUACCACAGGUGGACUCUAAUCAAGUUGUAGAAACAGCUCAAGGAUGAUCAAUGGAAACAGGAUGCACCUGAGCUCAAUUUCGAGUCUCAUAGCAAAGGGUCUGAAUACUUAUGUAAAUACGUUUAUUUUAUUUUAUUUGUAUACAUUUCUAAAAACCUGUUUUCGCUUUGUCAUUAUCGGGUAUUGUGAGUACAUUGAUGAGAUGUAUUUAUUUUUUAAUCCGUUUUAGAAUAACGUAACAAAAUAUGGAAAAAGUCAAGGGGUCUGAACACUUACCGAAUGCACUAUACACUGUCCCAAAUGUCAAAAUGGAAUAAACUUUUAUUUGUCACAUGCUUCUUAAACAACAGGUGUAGACUAACAGUGAAAAGCUUCCUUAAGGACCCUUCCCAACGACGCAGAGAGAAAGAAAAUAGAGAAAUAAUGGAAAAGUAAAACAUGUAAUAAUAAAAGAAAAAUAAAUACACAAUGAGUAACGAUAACUUGGCUAUAUACACAGGGUACCAGUACUGAGUCCAUGAUAACUUGGUUAUAUACACAGGGUACCAGUACCGAGUUGAUGUACAGGGGUACGAGGUAAUUGAAGUAGAUAUGUACAGUUGAAGUCGGAAGUUUACAUACACCUUGGUUGGAGUCAUUAAAGCUUGUUUUUCAACCACUUAACACAUUUCUUGUUAACAAACUCUAGUUUUGACAAGUAAUUUUUCCAACAAUUGUUUACAGACAGAUUAUUUCACUUAUAAUUCACUGUAUCACAAUUCCAGUGGGUCAGAAGUUUACAUACAAUAAGUUGACUGUGCCUUUUAAACAGCUUGGAAAAUUCCAGAAAUUGAUGUCAUGGCUUUAGAAGCUUCUGAUAGGCUAAUUGACAUCAUUUGAGUCAAUUGGAGGUGUACCUGUGGAUGUAUUUCAAGGCCUACCUUCACCUUCAAAUGCAGUGCCUCUAUGCUUGAUAUCAUGGGAAAAUCAAAAGAAAAUCAGCCAAGACCUCAAAAAAACAAUUGGAGACCUCCACAAGUCUGGUUCAUCCUUGGGAGCAAUUUCCAAACGCCUGAAGGUACCACGUUCAUCUGUACAAACAAUAAUACACAAGUAUAAACACCAUGGGACCACGCAGCCGUCAUACCGCUCAGGAAGGAGACGCGUUCUGUCUCCUAGAGAUGAACAUACUUUGGUGCGAAAAGGGCAAAUCCUUCCCAGAACAACAGCAAAGGACCUUGUGAAGAUGCUGGAGGAAACAGGUACAAAAGUAGCUAUAUCCACAGUAAAACGAGUCCUAUAUCGACAUAACCUGAAAGGCCGCUCAGCAAGGAAGAAGCCACUGCUCCAAAACCACCAUAAAAAGCAAGACUACGGUUUGCAACUGCACAUGGGGACAAAGAUCGUACUUUUUGGAGAAAUGUCCUCUGGUCUGAUGAAACAAAAAUAGAACUGUUUGGCCAUAAUGACGAUCGUUAUGUUUGGAGGAAAAAGGGGGACGCUUGCAAGCCGAAGAACACCAUCCCAACUGUGAAGCACGGGGGUGGCAGCAUCAUGCUGUGGGGGUGCUUUGCUGCAGGAAGGACUGGUGCACUUCACAAAAUAGAUGGCAUCAUGAGGAAGGAAAAUUAUGUGGAUAUAUUGAAGCAACAUCUCAAGACAUCAGUCAGGAAGUUAAAGCUUGGUCGCAAAUGGGUCUUCCAAAUGGACAAUGACCCCAAGCGUACUUCCAAAGUUGUGGCCAAAUGGCUUAAGGACAACAAAGUCAAGGUAUUGGAGUGGCCAUCACAAAGCAGAACUGAAAAAGCGUGUGCGAGCAAGGAGGCCUACAAACCUGACUCAGUUACACCAGCUCUGUCAGGAGGAAUGGGCCAAAAUUCACCCAACGUAUUGUGGGAAGCUUGUGGAAGGCUACCCGAAGCGUUUGACCCAAGUUGAACAAUUUAAAGGCAUUGCUACCAAAUACUAAUUGAGUGUAUGUAAACUUCUGACCCACUGGGAAUGUGAUGAAAGAAAUAAAAGCUGAAAUAAAUCAUUCUCUCUACUAUUAUUCUGACAUUUCACAUUCUUAAAAUAACGUGGUGAUCCUAACUGACCUAAGACAGGGAAUUUUUACUAGGGUUAAAUGUCAGAAAUUGUGAAAAACUGAGUUUAAAUGUAUUUGGUUAAGGUGUAUGUAAACUUCCGACUUCAACUGUACAUAUACAGUAACUAGGAAUAAAGUGACUAGGCAACGGGAUAGAUAAUAAACAGUUGCAGCAGCAUAUGUGAUGAGUUAAAAAAGUUUGCGCAAAAAGGGUCAAUGCAGAUAGUCCGGGUAGCUAUUUGGUUAACUAUUUAACUAACUAUUUAGCAGUCUUAUGGCUUGGGGGUAGAAGCUGUUCAGGGUCCUGUUUGUUCCAGUCUUGGUGCAUCAGUACCGCUUGCCGUGCGGUAGCAGAGAGAACAGUCUGACUUGGAUGGCUGGAGUCUUUGACAAUUUUUAGGGCCUUCCUCUGACACCGCCUGGUAUACAGAAUCUGGAUGGCAGGGAGCUCGGCCCCAGUGAUGUACUGGGCCGUACCCACUACCCUCUGUUGCGCCUUCUGGUCAGAUGCCAAGCAGUUGGCAUAUCAGGCGGUGAUGCAACCAGUCAGGAUGCUCUCGAUGGUGCAGCUGUGGAACCUUUUGAGGAUCUGAGGGCCCAUGCCAAAUCUUUUCAGCCUCCUGUCUUGGUGUGUUUGGACAAUGAUAGAUCCUUAGUAAUGUGGACACCAAGGAACUUGAAGCUCUCAGCCUGUUCCACUACAGCCCUGUCGAUGUGAAUGGGGGCGUGCUCGGCCCUCCGUUUCCUGUAGUCCACGAUCAGCUCCUUUGUCUUGAUCACGUUGAGGGAGAGGUUGUUGUCCUGGCACCACAUUGCCAGGUCUCUGACCUCCUCCCUAUAGGCUGUCUCAUCGUUGUCGGUGAUCAGGCCUACCACCGUCGUGUCGUCAGUAAACUUAAUGAUGGUGUUGGAGUCGUGCCUGGCCAUGCAGUCAUGGGUGAACAGGGAGUACAGGAGGGUACUGAGCACGCACCCCUGAGGGGCCCCCGUGUUGAGGGUCAGCGUGGUGGAUGUGUUGUUGCCUACCCUUACCACCUGGGGGCGCACCGUCAGGAAGUCCAGGAUCCAGUUGCAGAGGGAGGUGUUCAGUCCCAGGGUCCUUAGCUUAGUGAUGAGCUUUGAGGGCACUAUGGUGUUGAACGCUGAUCUAUAGUCAAUGAAAAGCAUUUUCACAUAGCUGUUCCUCUUACCCAGGUGGGAAAGGACAGUGUGGAGUACAAUAGAAAUUGCGUCAUCUUUGGAUCUGUUGGGGCGGUAUGUGAAUUGGAGUGGGUCCAUGAUGUCUGGGAUGAUGGUUUUUAUGUGAGCCAUGACCAGCCUUUCAAAGCAUUUCAUUGCUACAGAUGUGAGUGAAGAUGUCAGUGAAGACACUUGCAAGCUGGUCAGAGCAUGAUCUGAGUACGCGUCCUGGUAAUCUGUCUGGACCUGCGGCCUUGUCAAUCUUAACCUGUUUAAAGGUCUUACUCACAUCGGGUACGGAGAGCGUGAUCAUACAGUCGUCUGGAACAGCUGGUGCUCUCAUCCAUGGUUCAGUAUUGCUUACCUAGAAGUGAGCAUAGAACGCAUUUAGCUCGUCUGUUAGGCUCACGUCACUGGGCAGCUCGUGGCUGGGUUUCCCUUUGUAAUUCGUUAUAGUUUGCAAGCCCUUCCACAUCCGAUGAGCGUCAGCAUAGUAGGAUUCAAUCUUAGUCCUGUAUUGAUGCUUUGCCUGUUUGAUGGCUCGUCGGACGUCGUAGCUGGAUUAGUGUCCUGCUCCUUGACAGCGGCAGCUCUAGCCUUAAACUCAGUGCGGAUGUUGCCUGUAAUCCAUGGCUUCUGGUUGGGAUAUGUACGUACACGGUCACUGUGGGGACGAUGUCGUCAAUGCACUUAUUGAUGAAGCCAGUGACUGAGGUGGUGUACUCCUCAAUGCCAUUGGAUGAAUCCCGGAACAUAUUCCAGUCUGUACUAGCAAAACAGUCCUGUAGCUUAGCAUCCGCUUCAUUGUACCACUUCCGCAUUGAGUGCUUCACUGGUACUUCCCGUUUGAGUUUUUGCUUAUAAGCUGGAAUCAGGAGGAUAGAUUUAUGGUCAGAUUUGCCAAAUGGAGGGCGGCCUUGUAUGUAUGUGUAAAAGGUGAUCUAGAGUUUUGUCGCCUCUAGUUGACAUUCUGGUACAAAUUAGGUAAAAUGGAUUUUAGUUUCCCUGCAUUAAAAUCACCGGCCACUAGGUGCACCGCCUCUGGAUGAGCAGUUUCCUGUUUGCUUAUGGCCUUAUACAGCUCGUUGAGUGUGGUCUUAGUGCCAGCAUCAGUUUGUGGUGGUAAAUAGAUGACUACGAAGAAUAUAGAUGAAAACUCGCUCUGUAAAUAGUGUGGUCUACAGCUUAUCAUGAGGUAUUCUGAUGUAUUCCCCCUUUGACCUUACCCUUUGACCCGAGGCUGCCGUUUGGUCCUGCCGAUAAAUAGAAAAAACUGCUAAAUGUACGCUGCUGGUCAAAAGUUUUAGAACACCUACUCAUUAAAGGGUUUUUUCUUGAUUUUUACUAUUUUCUACAUUGUAGAAUAAUAGUGAAGACAUCAAAACUAUGAGAUAACACAUAUGGAAUCAUGUAGUAACCAAAAAAGUGUUAAACAAAUCAAAAUGUAUUUGAGAUUUGAGAUUCUUCAAAUAACCACAUUUUGCCUUGAUGACAGCGUUGCACAAUCUUGGCAUUCUCUCAACCAGCUUCAUGAGGUAGUCACCUGGAAUGCAUUUCAAUUAACAGGUGUGCCUUCUUAAAAGUUAAUUUGUAGAAUUUCUUUCCUUCUUAAUGAGUUUGUGCCAAUCAGUUGUUUUGUGACAAAUGUAAGACAUGAAGGUCAGUCAAUAUGGAACAUUUCAAGAACUUUGAAAGUUUCUUCAAGUGCAGUCGCAAAAACCAUCAAGCGCUAUGAUGAAACUGUCUCUCAUGAGGACCACCACAGGAAAGGAAGACCCAGAGUUACCUCUGCUGCAGAGGAUAAGUUCAUUAGAGUUACCAGCCUCAGAAAUUGCUGUCAUCAAGGCAAAGGGUGGCUAUUUGAAGAAUCUCAAAUAUAAAAUACAUUUUCAUUUGUUUAACACUUUUUUGGUUACUAAAUGAUUCCAUAUGUGUUAUUAUUUCAGUUUUGAUGUCUUCACUAUUAUUCUACAAUGUAGAAAAUAGUACAAAUAAAGAAAAACCUUUGAAUGAGUCGGUGUUCUAACACUUUUGACCAGUAGCGUAUAUGAUCCAUUUCCUUGUUCAGCUACGACUCCAAGAAACACGGGAUAUUACGGUUCUUCAGGUCCUGUUGAUAGGAUAGUCUCGAACUGAGCUCGUCCAGUUUGUUCUCCAGUGAUUUGUACGUUCGGCAACAGAACAGGUACUACAGGUAGGGGUAGAGGGGGUUUAUAGAACAGGUAGGGGUAGAGGGGGUUUAUAGAACAGGUAGGGGUAGAGGGGGUUUAUAGAACAGGUAGGGGUAGAGGGGGUUUAUAGAACAGGUAGGGGUAGAGGGGGUUUAUAGAACAGGUAGGGGUAGAGGGGGUUUAUAGAACAGGUAGGGGUAGAGGGGGUUUAUAGAACAGGUAGGGGUAGAGGGGGUUUAUAGAACAGGUAGGGGUAGAGGGGGUUUAUAGAACAGGUAGGGGUAGAGGGGGUUUAUAGAACAGGUAGGGGUAGAGGGGGUUUAUUUAUUCACUGACGUAGUUUCAUCAGGCACGUCGGCCUCUAUAUCAAUAGAACAGGUAGGGGUAGAGGGGGUUUAUUUAUUCACCACCGUAGUUUCAUCAGGCACGUCGGCCUCUAUAUCAAUAGAACAGGUAGGGGUAGAGGGGGUUUAUUUACUCUCCACCGUAGUUUCAUCAGGCACGUCGGCCUCUAUAUCAAUAGAACAGGUAGGGGUAGAGGGGGUUUAUUUACUCUCCACCGUAGUUUCAUCAGGCACGUCGGCCUCUAUAUCACUGUCUCUUUCUCAGGUAGGGGUAGAGGGGGUUUAUUUAUUCACUGACGUAGUUUCGUCUGGGUGCCCGCACGUCGGCCAUCUCUUCCUUUCCGAGUCUCUGGGAUUAGGGCUUGGUCCGGGGUGUCAGGAUGUCCUGUGCCAUUGACUUGUUGAAGUAGAUAUCUUCAUCCGAAUGGAGAUGAGUGAAUGGAGGUUAGUGGAUAGAGGUUAGUGAUUGGAGGUUAGUGAUUAGAGGUUAGUGGAUAGAGGUUAGUGAAUGGAGGUUAGUGGAUAGAGGUUAGUGAUUGGAGGUUAGUGAUUAGAGGUUAGCUGUUCUGAUGUCCAGAAGCUGUUUCAGUCAUAGGAAAUUAUGGAGGAGACAUUAUGUAAAACAUUUAAGAUCAGAUCAAAAAACCACAAAUAGAAGACUUGGUCAGGAGCCAUAAAACGGUGGUUAUCCAUUGCUGCACCAUUCCUUCACCCUAUUUACAUUUUAGUCAUUUAGCAGACGCUCUUAUCCAGAGCGACUUACAGUUAGUGAGUUUUAUUUUUUCAUACUGGCCCCCCGUGGGAAUCAAACCCACAACCCUGGCGUUGCAAACACCAUGCUCUACCAACCGAGCUACAUCCCUAUAGUGCACUUCUUUUGACCAGGGCCCAUAGGGCUCUAAUGGGGGUGCCAUUUUGGACACAGCCAAUGUAAAUUGGUGACAGAAAUGUCUGUGAAAUCUAGCUGAGAAAAACAGGAAGUAACAACCACACACAGAGAGAAACAGGAAGUGAUUUUCAGAGCAACACAUCAGAGACACAUCAGUGAUACAGUCCUCUCACCUAUCAGACCGAUGUCCUGAGGUGAAAAUAUCUUGCUGUUUUAAUGAAGACAAUCAGACAACUACAGGAUCCUGUGGUUUCUAACUGUUAUUGGUUGAGAUGUUCUAUUGCGUUGUAUUGCCUUGAUAAGUAGUGUUAGCAAAGAUUUUUUAUAACUAAUGUUACGAACCCCGUGGCUUUAAAAGUCUAGGGUGGAUGGAAAAGAGACCCGUAACAUAACUCAUGCGAAUUAGAAUCGUGACACGGAAACAGUGAGAACAAAAAUACACCGACAACCAUAAGCUACCGUCAAACACAAAACGUUUAUUGUGAACACACGGUAAAAGUUUGGGAAAAAGGGCUGAGCAGGACCCAAGGAAUGAAACAAUAAUGUCAAAAAACCCUAAACUGAUCUUGCCUGCCUCAAGAACCGCUAAGCUACUGCUAAUCAUACAAAUAUUACAGUGGGUGGUCCGCUCAGGUCUAACUAGUGUUUUUAGACAAUGUUCUUCCUACGGGUAAUGUAGGCCCAAGGGCAACUUCCUAAAUCCCCCUUUUCCCAGAAACACACAACAAAGUUACCAUACAGAGUAACCAGCAAAUGAGUGAGUACACAAAAAAACAGGACACCACAGUAUCCAUACUCACAAACGAAAAGAGUCUCUGUCAGCAAACACAACUGACCGGCUUUAUAAACAAUGGGAUGUGUGAUGUGAGUGAAAAACCAGAAACAGGUGGUGCAAUGCAGAGGAAUGUCCACUGAUUGGUCAGAAACAGGUGGUGCAAUGCAGAGGAAUGUCCACUGAUUGGUCCACCUCAGCAAUCAGCAGACCAAACGGAUGUCAGACAGGUGGGACACCCCAACGACCACCAAUCAGGAACACAAAGGACACCUGUGAUUAGGGCAGAAGGAGGGGAAAAACACAAGAACACAUACAGGAUACCUGUAUCCAUAACAACUAACCCAAGAACACAUACAGGAUACCUGUAUCCAUAACAACUAACCCAAGAACACAUACAGGAUACCUGUAUCCAUAACAACUAACCCAAGAACACAUACAGGAUACCUGUAUCCAUAACAACUAACCCAAGAACACAUACAGGAUACCUGUAUCCAUAACAACUAACCCAAGAACACAUACAGGAUACCUGUAUCCAUAACAACUAACCCAAGAUCAACCACUGCCAAGCAAGGAGGUGGGCAGAGCCAAGCGUGAGCUAGUGAGAGCCUAUUGGCUCAUUCUAUCAUGCAUUUGCAUAUUUCCAUUAGGGAAUGCCUACUAUGUGAAGUGCGUGUGCAAUAAUUACAUUCGCCCUUGCACUCCUUCUAAACAUUGCAAUUUUUUAAAAACUUUGGCAAAGGGUAAAGUUUACAAAAAUGUAGUCCACUCUGUUUGUAACAGAUUCUAGUUUUGAGAAUAGAAAACAGUAUUGAGAUUGAAUGUUUCAUAGAUGAGAAAAUUAGCAGAAUGUCGGCCAAAAUCCAUCUCGCGCUCCAUCUUCUCCCACUAGGCAUCCUCUCACCACCAUAUUUGGGCAUCCUCUCACCACCAUAUUUGGGCUUCCUCUCACCACCAUAUUUGGGCUUCCUCUCACCACCAUAUUUGGGCUUCCUCUCUCUACCAUAUUUGGUAGUGAGUGGAAACGCCAACCGGAUGCUUCACAUUUAUACAUCCGGUGAAACAUCAUUGUUCUAUCUGUGGCGCUAGGAGCGAAUUACUAGAUUACAAUAUAAUUUACUUUAUAAUGACAUUGCAGGGGUCCUAGAUGCUGUUCUAUUCCAGGGUGGGCCAUUGUUUAUACACAGAGAGUUGGUGAGAUUAGAUGAGAUUAGAUUAGAUUAGAUGAGAUUAGGUUGUACUUUAUUCAUCCCCAAGGGUUGUAUGUAAAGACAUUUGUUCCAGCCAAGCGGUAACACAAACCAUCACGAUCAACUGAUUGUCUUCAUUCUGAAAGUAUAUACAGUGAGGGAAAAAAGUAUUUGAUCCCCUGCUGAUUUUGUACGUUUGCCCACUGACAAAGACAUGAUCAGUCUAUAAUUUUAAUUGUAGGUUUAUUUGAACUGUGAGAGACAGAAUAACAACAACAAAAAUCCAGAAAAACGAAUGUCAAAAAUGUUAUAAAUUGAUUUGCAUUUUAAUGAGGGAAAUAAGUAUUUGACCCCUCUGCAAAACAUUACUUAGUACUUGGUGGCAAAACCCUUGUUGGCAAUCACAGAGGUCAGACGUUUCUUGUAGUUGGCCACCAGGUUUGCACACAUCUCAGGAGGGAUUUUGUUCCACUCCUCUUUGCAGAUCUUCUCCAAUUAGUAAGGUUUCGAGGCUGACGUUUGGCAACUCGAACCUUCAGCUCCCUCCACAGAUUUUCUAUGGGAUUAAGGUCUGGAGACUGGCUAGGCCACUCCAGGACCUUAAUGUGCUUCUUCUUGAGCCACUCCUUUGUUGCCUUGGCCGUGUAUUUUGGGUCAUUGUCAUGCUGGAAUACCCAUCCACGACCCAUUUUCAAUGCCCUGGCUGAGGGAAGGAGGUUCUCACCCAAGAUUUGACGGUACAUGGCCCCGUCCAUCGUCCCCUUGAUGCAGUGAAGUUGUCCUGUCCCCUUAGCAGAAAAACACCCCCAAAGCAUAAUGUUUCCACCUCCAUGUUUGACGGUGGGGAUGGUGUUCUUGGGGUCAUAGGCAGCAUUCACCCUCCUCCAAACACGGCGAGUUGAGUUGAUGCCAAAGAGCUCCAUUUUGGUCUCAUCUGACCACAACACUAUCACCCAGUUCUCCUCUGAAUCAUUCAGAUGUUCAUUGGCAAACUUCAGACGGGCCUGUAUAUGUGCUUUGUUGAGCAGGGGGACCUUGCGGGCGCUGUAGGAUUUCAGUCCUUCACGGCGUAGUGUGUUACCAAUUGUUUUCUUGGUGACUAUGGUCCCAGCUGCCUUGAGAUCAUUGACAAGAUCCUCCCGUGUAGUUCUGGGCUGAUUCCUCACCGUUCUCAUGAUCAUUGCAACUCCACGAGGUGAGAUCUUUUAUGGAGCCCCAGGCCGAGUGAGAUUGACAGUUAUUUUGUGUUUCUUCCAUUUGCGAAUAAUCGUACCAACUGUUGUCACCUUCUCACCAAGCUGCUUUGCGAUGGUCUUGUAGCCCAUUCCAGCCUUGUGUAGGUCUACAAUCUUGUCCCUGACAUCCUUGGAGAGCUCUUUGUUCUUGGCCAUGGUGGAGAGUUUGGAAUCUGAUUGAUUGCUUCUGUGGACAGGUGUCUUUUAUACAGGUAACAAACUGAAUUUAGGAGCACUCCCUUUAAGAGUGUGCUCCUAAUCUCAGCUCGUUACCUGUAUAAAAGACACCUGGGAGCCAAUAAUCUUUCUGAUUGAGAGGGGGUCAAAUACUUAUUUCCCUCAUUAAAAUGCAAAUCAAUUUAUAACAUUUUUUACAUGCGUUUUUCUGGAUUUUUUUGUUGUUAUUCUGUCUCUCACUGUUCAAAUAAACCUACCAUUAAAAUUAUAGACUGAUCAUUUCUUUGUCAGUGGGCAAACUUACAAAAUCAGCAGGGGAUCAAAUCCUUUUUCCCUCAGUCGUUGUCCUCUGACUACCAUGACUGACCUGUCUCCUUUCCUCCAGAUCCGGAGCAGCCUUUCCUCAGGAGAAACAGAGGACGCAACGAUGACCUGGAGACCAUCUUCAUAACAGGAUCCUCCACUCACAUCACAGUACCUUGUCUAGUCACUGUCCCCGACCUCAACGUCACACUUUAUCUGGUUGGUACCUUCUCUACUCUACUGAACUGAAUUGUACUCUACUCUACUCUACUCUACUCUACUGUACUCUACUCUGCUCUGCUCUACUCUGCUCUACUCUACUCUGCUCUGCUCUACUCUACAUUGCUCUGCUCUGCUCUACUCUACUCUACUAUACUAUACUAUACUAUACUAUACUAUACUCUACUCUACUCUACUCUACUCUACUCUACUCUACUAUACUAUACUCUACUAUACUCUACUCUGCUCUGCUCUACUAUGCUCUGCUCUACUCUACUCUACUCUACUCUACUCUGCUCUGCUCUGCUCUCACUUUUCACCAAUUUAUUCUCUUUAUUUUCACAAUAAUCAUUCUCUCUUCAUCCAUUCACUCUCUCCUUUCCUCAUUUACUCUCUCCUCUCCUCUCUUCUCUCCUCCCCUUCUCUCAUCCCUCUCUCCUCUCUCCUCCCUCUCUCCUCUCUCCUCUCCUCUCUCUCUCCUCUCUCAUCCAUCUCUCCUCUCUCCUCUCCCUCUCUCCUCUCUCCUCCCUCUCUCCUCUCUCAUCCCUCUAUCCUCUCUCAUCCCUCUCUCCUCUCCUCUUCUCUCUCAUCCCUCUCUCCUCCCUCUCUCCUCUCCUCUCCUCUCUCAUCCCUCUCUCCUCCCUCUCUCUCCUCUCUCUCUCCUCUCUCCUCCCUCUCCCUCUCUCAUCCCCUUCUCUCAUCCCCUUCUCUCAUCCCUCUCUCCUCUCUCCCUCUCUCCUCUCUCCUCCCUCUCUCCCUCUCCUCUCCUCCUCUCUCUCCUCUCUCCUCUCCCUCCUCUCUCCUCCCCUCUCCUCUCUCCUCCCCCUCUCUUCCUCUCUCCUCCUCUCUCUCUCUCAUCCCUCUCCCUCUCCCUCACCUCUCUCUCUCUCUCUCUCCUUCUCUCCCUCUCUCCCUCUCCUCCCUCUCUCCUCUCCUCCUCUCCCUUCCUCUUUCUCCUCCUCUCCCUCUCUCCCCUCUCCUCUCCUCUCCAUCUCUCCUCAUCCUCUUCUCCUCGCCCCUCCUCCUCCCCCUCCUCUCUCCCCCUUCCCCUCUCAUCCCCUCACCCCUCCCCCCCCUCCCCCUCUCCCCUCUCUCCCUCUCUCCUCCUCUUCUCUCCUCCCUCAUCCCUCUCUCCUCUCCUCUCUCAUCCCUCUCUCCUCUCCUCUCUCAUCCCUCUCUCCUCUCCUCUCUCCCCAGUGGGAGACGAUGCCUAUGCCCCUGGAGGAUGAGGGGAUGGUGUGGGACAGUAAAAGAGGCUGGUCCAUCCCUAGACAGACCUUAGACUCUAGACCUUUCCUCAUCGGGUUUUACUGCCUAGCUACACUACAAGGGAUAGAGUACCGCUCUAUCCUCUACCUGGUGCACUCCACAGGUAACUAUGUACUACCUAGUACACAGCCAACCUGCAUGAAAAAUAUGACCUCUGCACCCUCAGGUUACCAGAACUCACACUCUACUGACUACACUCUAUCUAGUACACACUACUCUCCCUAUAGCAUUAGAGAUGGCCAUACUACAUGUCUCCCUAUAGCAUUAGGGAUGGCCAUACUACAUGUCUCCCUAUAGCAUUAGAGAUGGCCAUACUACAUGUCUCCCUAUAGCAUUAGGGAUGGCCAUACUACCUCUCCCUAUAGCAUUAGAGAUGGCAAUACUACAUGUAUCCCUAUAGCAUUAGAGAUGGCCAUACUACAUGUCUCCCUAUAGCAUUAGAGAUGGCCAUACUACAUGUCUCCCUAUAGCAUUAGGGAUGGCCAUACUACAUGUCUCCCUAUAGCAUUAGAGAUGGCCAUACUACCUCUCCCUAUAGCAUUAGAGAUGGCCAUACUACAUGUCUCCCUAUAGCAUUAGAGAUGGCCAUACUACAUGUCUCCCUAUAGCAUUAGAGAUGGCCAUACUACAUGUCUCCCUAUAGCAUUAGAGAUGGCCAUACUACAUGUCUCCCUAUAGCAUUAGGGAUGGCCAUACUACAUGUCUCCCUAUAGCAUUAGAGAUGGCCAUACUACAUGUCUCCCUAUAGCAUUAGAGAUGGCCAUACUACAUGUCUCCCUAUAGCAUUAGAGAUGGCCAUACUACAUGUCUCCCUAUAGCAUUAGAGAUGGCCAUACUACAUGUCUCCCUAUAGCAUUAGAGAUGGCCAUACUACAUGUCUCUCUAUAGCAUUAGAGAUGGCCAUACUACAUGUCUCCCUAUAGCAUUAGGGAUGGCCAUACUACAUGUCUCCCCAUAGCAUUAGGGAUGGCCAUACUACAUGUCUCCCUAUAGCAUUAGAGAUGGCCAUACUACAUGUCUCCCUAUAGCAUUAGGGAUGGCCAUACUACAUGUCUCUCUAUAGCAUUAGAGAUGGCCAUACUACAUGUCUCCCUAUAGCAUUAGGGAUGGCCAUACUACAUGUCUCCCCAUAGCAUUAGGGAUGGCCAUACUACCUCUCCCUAUAGCAUUAGAGAUGGCCAUACUACAUGUCUCCCUAUAGCAUUAGGGAUGGCCAUACUACAUGUCUCCCUAUAGCAUUAGGGAUGGCCAUACUACAUGUCUCCCUAUAGCAUUAGGGAUGGCCAUACUACAUGUCUCCCUAUAGCAUUAGAGAUGGCCAUACUACAUGUCUCCCUAUAGCAUUAGAGAUGGCCAUACUACAUGUCUCCCUAUAGCAUUAGGGAUCCCACUCUUAAAGGUCUAAAGUGGGAUACAUUACCAAAUAUUUAUCAAAUAAAGAGUAGGAGGGUAAUUUAAUUAAGAGAGAACUAAGACAACAAUUCUUAGAAGCACUCAGCACUCAUGGCUGUCUUUCUGCCUGCUGUCUAAAUUUCUGGUUGAGAUUAAACUCUGUGAGACCUGUGGAUCUGGAGUCCCAGUGUUAUUGCAUGAGAUCACUCACCUCUCAGAACUUCAGAAUCUGAGUCCCAAAUGCCACACUAUUCCCAAUGUAGUGCACUACUUAUGACCAGGCUCGUCUAAAGUAGUGCACUUUAUAGGGAAUAGGGUGUAAUUUGGGACUCACUUUACAGAGUCUCUCAGUCCAGACCUGAAGAGAUUACCUUUACCACACCGGCCCGGGCCAACAGAAACAGACUCAUGGCUCUGAGGAAACAGCCUUCCAUUGCCUGCCAUCACUCUUAAAAUGGAGCGUUAAGACAAACAUACGCUAGCUAGCUAGCUCACACCCAGUACAGAUACAGUAUCAACUUCAUACAGAUGCUAGCUAGCUAGCUCACAUCCAGUACAGAUACAGUAUCACCUUCAUACAGACGCUAGCUAGCUAGCUAGCUCACAUCCAGGACAGAUACAGUAUCACCUUCAUACAGACGCUAGCUAGCUAGCUCACGUCCAGUACAGAUACAGUAUCACCUUCAUACAGACGCUAGCUAGCUAGCUCACAUCCAGGACAGAUACAGUAUCACCUUCAUACAGACGCUAGCUAGCUAGCUCACAUCCAGUACAGAUACAGUAUCACCUUCAUACAGACGCUAGCUAGCUAGCUCACAUCCAGUACAGAUACAGUAUCACCUUCAUACAGAUGCUAGCUAACUAGCUCACAUCCAGUACAGAUACAGUAUCACCUUCAUACAGACGCUAGCUAGCUAGCUCACAUCCAGUACAGAUACAGUAUCACCUUCAUACAGAUGCUAGCUAGCUCACACCCAGUACAGAUACAGUAUCACCUUCAUACAGACGCUAGCUAGCUAGCUCACUCCCAGUACAUAUACAAUAUAACCUUCAUACAGACGCUAGCUAGCUAGCUCACUCCCAGUACAGAUACAGUAUCACCUUCAUACAGCAUCACACAGAGUUUUUAAGAUUCCAAUUUUUUUCCAAUGAGUUCAGAGAGCCACAACUUGAGUUUCACAAUUAGAAAGAUCUUGGCCGGGCGCUGAUACUCUUAAAGUUUUCCUAAUAACAGGUGAAAGGACUGGAUUAAGACUGUUUGUUUUCCCCUAUCAAGUCCUCACAGAUUAGGGACGACAGUUUGUUUUCCCCUAUCAAAUCCUCACAGAUUAGGGACGACAGUUAGUUUUCCCCUAUCAAGUCCUCACAGAUUAGGGACGACAGUUUGUUUUCCCCUAUCAAGUCCUCACAGAUUAGGGACGACAGCUUGAAAGGUUGACAUUUCAGCAGAUUAGCUCAGCCUCGAGCCGACAGAGCUAGCCCACUCCAGCCAAAGACAAUGGCUGUGCCCUUAGACUUGUUCAAAUACUUAGUUCAACCACCCUUCCUCCCUUAGUUGAAGUAAUCACUGAUCUGUAUUGACUGGAUAGGUGUAAAGCAAUGCAACUUUCCCUGACUCAAUGUUACAUUUAUUACAUUUAUACAUUUACAUUAUUUAGCAGACGCUCUUAUCCAGAGCGACUUACAGUUAGUGAAUACAUUUUUUUUAUUUUGUGUUUUUUAUUUUAUUAUUAUUAUUAUUAAUAUUUUUAUUUAUUUUUUAUACUGGCCCCCCGUGGGAAUCAAACCCACAACCCUGGCUUUGCAAACGCCAUGCUCUAUCAACUGAGCUACAUCCCUGCCAGCCAUUCCCUCCCCUACCCUGGACGACACUGGGCCAAUUGUGCGCCACCCAUGAGUCUCCCGGUCGCGGCCGGCUGCGACAGAGCCUGGAUUCGAACCAGGAUCUCUAGUGGCACAGUUAGCACUGUGAUGCAGUGCCUUAGACCACUGCGCCACUCAUGUUGGUAGAUAGGUAAUUACUUCAAGUGAUUACUUCAAGGAAGAGAGAAAGUGAGGAUGUGAGUUAAAAGUAUGGGAACGGUGCCAGCGGCCAGGGACAUGGUUGGGCCAGCCAAAGAGACUCAGCUUCUCUGGGCCAGCUCUGUUUGUCGUACACCGGGACGUCACUGUAUUGGUGUCACGGUGACUGCUCUCACUUUCCCCCCCGACAGGAAGUCAGGUUUACGACGUCAAGUUGUAUCCAGAGGACUCGGUGGAGCUGAUCAUGGGGGAAGCCCUGACGCUCAACUGUACCGCCACCGUAGAGUUUGACACGCCCGUCGUGUUCCAGUGGUCCUAUCCUGGAAAACAGGUACGGUAGAGAAAACGGUAGUUUGCACAUAUUACGUAGAUCCAGAUACAUUUUUUGGGUGAAAAAACAUACAUUUGAAUGGAACAGAACCUAUGGCAAGAGAUCGGUAUCGCUGCAGCUCGGAUUAAGCUAAUUCACUGACAUAUGAGGAGAUGGGCAUGGCUGUGAUGGUUAAUGGGUGGAUCGCUUUAAUUAUAUGCUCCUAUUUUAUGUAGCUUGGAUUUAGAGGAACUAGGUUAAUAGAUGGAUUAAUGAGUAUAGAAUGUCGUGAUGAUGGGAAGUCAUAGAGAGAGAUGAUAGAAUACGAGAGGGAUAAAGAGAGGGAGAGGCUAGGCUGUCUAGAUUAUCUCUGAUCUAUAUAGCUCCUCUAAGAUCUAUAGAUAUUCUAGAAGUCUCUCUCUAGAGGGAUAGAUCUCUAUCUAUCAAUUCUCGCUCUCCUCUCUCUCUCUGUCCCCCCUCUCUCUAUCUCUCUCUCUCGCUCUCUCUCUCUCUCCUCUCUCUCUCUCUCUUCAUCUCUCUCUGCCCCCCCCCCUCUCUCUCUCUCUCUCUCUCUCUCUCUCUGUCUCUCUCUCUCUCUCCCACCUCUAGAUGAACAGUACAGUGGGCGUAGUGCACAAGCGUAAUUCUCUCUCUCGGUUCACGGAGGCAGUCAGCAUCCUGACCAUCCAAAGCGUCAACGUCACCGACACCGGCACCUACACCUGCUCUGCCAUCAUUGUGGAGAAAAUACAGGAUCUGGCAACCCAAGUCAUAGUGCAUGGUAAAGAACUAAGUUUGAAACCCGGGCCAUUUCAAAUCAAAUUAAAUAAAACUUUAUUUGUCACAUGCGCCGAAUACAACAGGUGUAGGUAGACCUUACCAUGAAAUGCUUACUUACAAGCCCUUAACCAACAGUGCAGUUCAAGAAAGAGUUAAGAAAACAUUUACCAAAUAAACAAUAAACUUAAGUAAAAAAUA